GCCUUUUUCGUUUUAUGCACUUUCCGCUUUGGAGUUUCACAAAUAUCGUACACCGAUAGCAACUGCAAACAAAUUCUGGAAGAGGUCAAUUUUCAAGAGUGUUGCCAGAUGCCUCGGCUAUUGUCGGACGAUGUCAUCCAGAGUUGUCACAAUCGUCCCCUACCUCCCGUCCCACAAGGAGUUCCUGAACCAAUACCCGCCAAUUGUCUGGCUGAGUGUGUGCUGAACGAAACGGGCAUCCUAGUAAACCAACAGUUUCUUAGGGACCAAGCAGUUAAGGUGCUGCUUGAUCGGGUUCCGAACGAAUCCGUUGUGUGGACACAAGCGUUCGAAAGGGCCGCCAGAAAGUGUUACAAUUUGAUUGUGGCAGGAACAUUCUAUCUGCAGUAUGUGGCCAAAAAUUUAAUUUCAUCCCAAUGCAUUCCGCUCUCUAUUCGGUAUCUCGAGUGUAUUUUUUCGAUCAUUUACAGGGAUUGUCCUGACGCUCACUGGAACUAUAACAACGAUCAUUGUAGUAGUGUUGUACCAGCUUUGAACAACUGUCACUACCUGUUUCUGCAUGUAUGGAAGAUUUAG